GAAGCAGUUGCGCAACAAGUGUUCACAGUUGUGCGCCGCCGGCAUGAUUGCCUUUGUGCUUAUACUUAUGCAGGCUUCAGCCCGCCAUUUUUCAAUACAACUCAAAGACGCAAGUGUGUGGACACAGCAUGCAGUCACCACGUCAGUGCAUGUCAUGCCAUUAGCACUAGAUGAUCUACAUGGGAUCAUUCCCACAUCAACCAUCUAGUUGCCGCAUCAUUGCGACACACAACAGGAGAGGCGCUCAGACGGUGGAUUGACCCCUUGAUACGUACGCACGACUUUGGUAAACCCUAUCGAGGUUUGUGUUGAGAAUGCGAAG